AUGUCAACGGCUUCUAAAGUCACGCUAGGGGCAUCCAUAGCUUUUGCUGUAGGGGCUUUUGUAUUUAUAAAUUAUUCGCAGCAAACAGAAAGAGCGGCAUUACGUCAAGGACCAAUAAAGGACGCUGAGCGAAUUCAGGCAAAGAGGGAAAAAUCGAAAAAGCAAAAAGCUAAUGAAGCUGAACAUAAAGAACAAAUUGAAUUAAAAGCAAAGUAUUUGGAAAUACAGCCCUUAAAUAGUGAGAUCAUUCGUGGUACCGAUGAACUGAGUAAAUAG